AUGAGGACUGCCCACGGCCUGGUUCUUUUCUCCCUGGUUGCCCUUUACGGGCGCGGGGUCUGCCGUGUGGCCAAUGCCGAGGAGAAGCUCAUAGAAUACCUUCUGAACAAAACCCGCUACAACAACCUGAUCCGUCCAGCCACCAGCUCCUCCCAGCUUAUCUCCAUUCAGCUGCAGCUCUCCCUGGCCCAGCUCAUCAGCGUGAAUGAGCGAGAACAGAUCAUGACCACCAACAUCUGGCUAAAACAGGAAUGGAACGAUUACCGCCUGAGUUGGGACAGCUCCCGCUAUGAGGGUGUGAACAUCCUGAGGAUCCCUGCAAAGCGCGUCUGGCUGCCAGACAUCGUGCUGUAUAACAACGCUGAUGGGGUCUAUGAGGUGUCCGUCUACACCAACGUGGUGGUCCGCUCCAAUGGCAGCAUCCUGUGGCUGCCCCCUGCCAUCUACAAGAGCGCCUGCAAGAUUGAGGUGAAGCACUUCCCCUUCGACCGGCAGAACUGCACCCUCAAGUUCCGCUCCUGGACUUACGACCACACGGAGAUUGACAUGGUCCUCAAGACACCCACGGCCAACAUAGAUGACUUUACUCCCAGUGGUGAGUGGGACAUUUUGGCCCUCCCAGGGCGAAGGACAGUGAACCCACAGGACCCCAGCUAUGUGGACGUGACUUACGACUUCAUCAUCAAACGUAAGCCACUCUUCUACACCAUCAACCUCAUCAUCCCUUGUGUGCUCAUCACCUCACUGGCCAUCCUUGUCUUCUACCUGCCCUCUAACUGCGGUGAGAAGAUGACGCUGUGCAUCUCCGUGCUGCUGGCCCUCACUGUCUUCCUGCUGCUCAUCUCUAAGAUUGUGCCACCCACCUCUCUGGAUGUGCCGCUCAUUGGCAAAUACCUCAUGUUCACGAUGGUGCUGGUCACCUUCUCCAUCGUCACUAGCGUCUGUGUGCUCAACGUGCACCACCGCUCACCCAGCACUCACAUCAUGGCACCCUGGGUCAAGCGCUGCUUCCUAUACAAGCUGCCCACCUUCCUCUUCAUGAAGCGCCCCAACAGCAGCCCCACCAGGGCCCCAGAGCUCAGUCAGUUGCACCUGACCAAGACCGAGGCCACCUCCUCUGCCGUGGGCCCUAACAGCCCCUCCAACUUCUACGAGAACUCCAUGUAUUUUGUGAAUUCUGCCUCUGCAGCUCCCAAGUCUCCAGUUGGGGUCGACUCUGCAGGAAUCCCCAGGGAUUUCCGGCUGAGGUCCUCUGGGAGGUUCCGGCAGGAUGUUCGGGAGGCCUUGGAUGGUGUCAGCUUCAUAGCCCAGCACAUGAAGAGUGACGAUCAAGACCAGAGUGUCAUUGAGGACUGGAAGUUCGUGGCCAUGGUGGUUGACCGGCUGUUCCUGUGGGUAUUCGUGUUUGUGUGUGUGCUGGGCACCGUGGGGCUCUUCCUGCCUCCCAUCUUCCAGACCCACCUGCCUACUGAGGGGCCCUAG